UCAAAAUUGUGAAGUACAAAGUGACAAAGGAAACUUCCCAGCUCCUGAUCCACUCAAAAGCUUCGAUUGAUUUGUUCGUAUGAAUAUAACGACUUCCAUUUCAUCUUUUCUAACAUUCAUCACUAAAAUUUCCCUUGUGUUCUGAACAAGUAUUCGGAUCACAACCAUAUACAUAACAGAACUCUAAAGAAAUUCCCAUAUUUGAAAGAACAGAAAAAGCAAAAUUUAUUCUUUGAUUGAUUGCAAACAAUCAGAUUUAUUAUGGAGAAGAUGAAGAAUAUAUUGAAACCGAAACCUAAUCCGCAGCAAUUACUCAAAGAUUGGCAGCGUCGCCUCCGCCAAGAGUGCCGCAAUAUCGAACGCCAAAUCCGAGAUAUACAGAGAGAAGAGAAAAAUGUGCAGAAAGCGAUUAAAGAGGCUGCAAAGAGAAAUGACAUGGGUUCUGCUAAGGCACUAGCGAAAGAAAUUGUGGGAUCUAGGAGGACUGUGAACCGCCUAUAUGAAAACAAAGCACAGAUGAACUCAAUUUCAAUGCAUUUAGGAGAAAGUGUUGCUAUUGCUCGUACGGUGGGGCACUUGUCAAAAAGUGCUGAAGUCAUGAAACUUGUCAAUAAUCUUAUGAAGUCUUCAGAAGUUGCUGUUACCAUGCAAGAAUUCAGUAAAGAAAUGACUAAGGCUGGUAUAAUUGAAGAGAUGAUGAAUGAUGCGUUGGACAGUGCACUAGACUCGGAAGACAUAGAAGAAGAAACAGAAGAAGAAAUCGACAAGGUAUUAGCAGCAAUUGCUGGUGAGACUGCUGCCCAACUUCCUGAAGCAAUUAGGAAACAGAAGCUGAAACAACCUGCAACUAGUGAAGAUGCAGAGGACAAUGUGGACGACGAGGAAGAGCUAGAAGAGAUGAGGGCUCGUCUCGCAAGAGUUCGGUCAUAACUUUUAUCUUUCUCUCUCUCUCUUUCGUCUUAUUGAGUCAGUAAAGUAUGGAAGGAUCUUGGUUAGUAAAUAUUGCACAAUGGUGGAUUUGUACAAUCUAUUUGAUAAGGCUCACUUAUUGUUGUAUUAUAAGCUACGCUUAAGCAUUAUUUGGUAAAUCUUAUACUGGUAUUUAUGACA